UUUGAACAAGGCAGUUCGUAGCAUUAGCGAAAUACGAGCGCUAUAGCGAAUUGUCGUUCCUAUUACGUGGUUAACUAUUGCAUAGUUCUGAUACCAGAUUAUAAAACUAUGGUGAUCAAACGACAAGUGGCCUACGGCAUUGUCGAAGGCUUGAGUGUCUUCUGGAAAUGUGAAGAACUGCAAGAUUUUACUGUCACACUUGGAAUAACAAAGUUUGGGUGUCAUAGGUUUCUUCUGGCAGCUUGUUCUGGGUUUUUUAGGAGACUUUUUAGAUACGGCAUGAAAGAAACUGAAUUGAAGUGUGUGACAGUAGAAGACAUCUCUAGUGAAACUUUUGAGUUGAUCCUGGAGACUCUGUACACUGGUCAUGAUGUUUUGACUAAUGACAAUGUCACUAACAUCUGGGAAGCUGCACACCAAUUACAAAUACCAUUUGUAAUCACAGAGUGUGAAGAGUUUGCUAAAACAUCAUUGUCCUUGUACAAUUACAUUGAAUAUUAUAAAAUUGCCAAACGUUUUGAAUCCAAAGAAGUGUUAGACAUUGUUUGGGCUUUUAUUUUGAAACACGCCUUUCAUUUCUUUAAAACUGACUUCUUUUUGGAGAUGAAACUUUUGGAUGUUUUAAAUCUGAUUAAAAGUCAAGAUCUUGAAACAACUUCCGAAGAUGUCGUAGUACACGCCCUGCUAAAGUGGUUGGAAUUUAGACCUUGUUUGACACUUACAGAAUCUGAAGGUUUAACCAAAUCUGAAUAUGCUACCAAAUCUGAAGAUUCUACCAAAUCUGAAUAUGCUACCAAAUCUGAAGGUUCUACCAAAUCUGAAUAUGCUACCAAAUCUGAAGGUUCUACCAAAUCUGAAUAUGCUACCAAAUCUGAAGGUUCUACCAAAUCUGAAUAUGCUACCAAAUCUGAAGGUUCUACCAAAUCUGAAUAUGCUACCAAAUCUGAAGGUUUAACCAAAUCUGAAUAUGCUACCAAAUCUGAAGUUUAUUCCAAAUCUGAAUAUGCUACCAAAUCUGAAGAUUCUACCAAAUCUGAAUAUGCUACCAAAUCUGAAGGUUCUGCCAAAUCUGAAGAUUCUACCAUGGAUUUUGGGAGGUCGAUCUUUAAUAUGAAAAGAAACAAAGAAGGUUGUAUAAGAAAACAACACCUGCCUGAUUUGUUGUUAAAUACAAGAACCUGUUUAUUAAGUCCAUCUUGUUUGGAAAUGUUGAUUGGUCACCCACUGGUUAAAGAAACAAAAGCAGCCACAGACAUUAUUAUCAAGUCUAUAAUGUACCAGGUUAAAGUUGGUCAACGCAAUGAACAAUGGCCGUCUGGGGCUAUUUAUAGAAGCAACGGAAACUAUGUUAACAUUGCCAUCACUACCUGGGAAAAUGCAAUUGGAGCAAUGCAAAUCAAAGCGUUUGCGUUUCUAUCAAAGAAAUGGUUCAAACUCCCUGAUUUAUUUAGCGGAUCGAGUGUGACAUUUAUUGCUUAUGAAAAGUCGCUCUAUGCUAUUGGUCAAUCAAUUUCUGUUGAGGAUGAAAUGUUCUCAGGUUUUACCUCAAGAAACAAACAGGUAUUCAAGCUUUCAAGUCACAAUUGGUCAAAAGUCAAUGUUUCUUUAGGCGUACUUAUCAAACCAUCUGCUGUAGUGGUUGACGCUUUCAUUUAUGUCCUUUCGCCUGAAAAUAAAAAAAUAUGGCAGCUGGAUCCAGCAACAGAAAUAUCUAUUGAAAAAACUGAUUUACCUUUUGUUCCGAAACUACGUCACGUGGUAAGCUAUGAGCAAUUUAUCAUUGUGUUUUAUUUGUCAGCUAAUGAAGACAAGACCAAGGCACUUUGUUUUGAUACCUCACAAAAUACUUGGACCAGUAUUUCUGUUUUUAAUCACCCUACAACAGGCAUGAUUAGUUUUAAACAUAGCUGUUCAACAUACCUCCUGCUUAACAAUGGGAAUCUUUACUUGUUUGAGUCACAGCCUAGAGACUUCCAACUGAAAUAUUUGGCCAAACUUUGGAGUUGUGAAUGGUCUCUUCAUGGAGCGGUCGCUAUAAGAGAUGAAAUCUACAUCUAUGGAGUUAAAUCUGAAGCUUUAAAAGAAGAUUUCCAAAAACAAACUUCAUUAGAAGGCAUUUUUAGUCAAAUAGUUUACAUGGAGAGCAAGGAUACAGUGCCAUCGACAUUUAAACCAGCAACAUUAAGCCGAGAAAGUUUAGUUGAGAAAUAAAGUUUUACUUUGGAUACUACCUUUGCGAGGCAAAACUUAUACCAAUUAUUAACAUCAUGAUCCUAUGUGUUGAUUGUGCAAUAAGAGUUUGAGACGUUUUAAAAAUCACACACAAAAAGAAUUAAACUUAAUGCCAGCGAAAAUAAUAUGAAUAUGAAAUGAUUUAGGAAAGUAAGAGACCUGGCUGCUCUAUCGAAGAUAUUUAAGGCUUCAUCAAAGGUGCCUUCGCUCCAAAAUGGGCAUACGCUGGCAAGACUACAUUACAAAUAACCAUGUUCUGCUGGAGGCCGUUGUGGACAGUAAAGAAGGACUUAUUACCAUUCGGCAGCUGCGCUGUGUCGGACACCUAUCCAGCAUUUGAGGUAACCGCAUGCCAAAGGCGAUCUUCUUUGGCGAGCUUAGAGGAAGACGGUGUAAGCGCUACAAAAUCAACUCUGGCGCCAUUUCGUCCUCAUUGGCAUAGAGGAAAGUAGCUGGCAGAUGACCUCUGACAGAGACAGUUGAAGAACUCUAAUAAAAUGUCGUGGGACACAUUUGAUUAUUAUUAUUAUUAUUAUUAUUAUUAUUAUUAUUAGAAAACUAAUAAGCUUCACCUAUUGAAACGAUAUCUCUAAAUAAUAAAAUAUAUAGCAAAAUUGAAA